CACAUCGGUCCCGUACAGUUUGGAAGUCAUCAUCACCUCCCAGAAGUAGUGUACGUUAGGCCUGAACAGCUCGUCGCCCCUGACGACGGCGGUGCCCGAGCUGUAGCAGGGAUGGAAGAGAAUGUCCCGGCUGUCGUUGGUGGCCCGGAUGUCGGAGGAACUGUGGCCGGUGGACCAGCGCCAGUAGAACACCCCCACGUCGUCGCCGCACUCGCAGAAGCCCUUGUUCUUGCCCAAGCAGCUCUUCGAGCAGAACUUGUUCUUCUGCGUGAGGUUCAUGGUUUUGAAGAGCUGCGCCUGGUAGAACCGCGACAGGUCCAUGGUCGGUUUGUUCAACCGGUCGCCCAUGGCUGGUGUUGCGGUUGAAAUUUCGGAUAGAGGCGUUGUUAAUUCAUGAAUUGUGAUGUAAAUACGAUACCUUCGGUUUUUUUUUUAGAGUAGUUUGAAUGUUUUAAAAUUCUGUAAAGCUACCGUAAAAUACGAAAUAUGGCAAAAACUGUCAAACUUGUCAUUUGUAGGUGACAAGGUGACAGGUAGAGUGCGCUCUUAUUUAUGUGCUGAUGCGACGAACAGUCAAAGGCGGUAUAUCGAAAAGAGGAAAUACUGUUUGGAAAAAUACAAUUUUUACACUUAAUACUCAAUAAAUACCGAAUUAUAUUCAAUUAUACUUCAGUCAAUUACCAAUUCAUAUUACACUGAUACUCACUGGUUGUGUUAUGCAUAUAUUAUGUAAUACGGGUCAUGUAAUUAUUCGUUAAACAGUGGCGCCAUCUACACAACUGUAUCUGUUACUCGAGGACAAAAAUAGACGAAAAAAUGAAAUCGUAAACUUUUAUUAAUACUUUCAAACGCGCUAGUUGGGAUUUGGUGACCUUAAAUAAUGAUAGUGUUUACGUUUAUUUUUUAUCUAAUCUGGGAGAUAUAGAAAGGUUAGAAUGUCAAUGGAAAUAUAAAAGUCCUCGUAAAUUAAAGUAAAAAGAUAAACAACAAACAACAUGAACAUCAACUCAAUCAUCAAAAACCUCCAACAAAACCUCGCCGAAAACGAUCGAAUAAAAACCGUCUCGAAACAUUUCGCCGGGCUGCAUUCCAACGGGGAUCGAGUCGCCUUCGUCCGCGGCCUACUAGAAGAAACCGCCGUACUUCCCCGACUCGUUAGCGACGCCAAAAACGACCGAACCUCCGCGACUACGCGAGAACGCGGCAACGAACACUUCAAACGGCGCCGACUCAAAGACGCCAUAGACUCCUACACGCAGAGCCUGGCCCACGCCGAAACCCCCCAAAACUACUCCAAAGCCCUGGCCAAUCGAUCGGCCGCCCUCUUCGAACUGCAGUUGUACCCAGAAUGCCUCACCGACAUCGAUAGAGCGUUGGAGAACGGCUACCCGGACGAUUUGAAGCCCAAGUUACUGAGGCGCAAAGACAACGCGCUGAAACUACUCGAAUCCAAAACUUACCCGCCUUAUUAUCUACCGGUUCCAGUCAUUCCGGAACCCUUCAAAUCCAAAUCGAUAGAAUGCGCUUCCGAUUCGAUCGAAAUAGCUACUUCUCCCUCACAAGGGCGCCACAUCAUCGCCACCAGAGACAUACAAAUCGGCGAAGUACUAGCAGUAGAGGAGCCCUAUAGCAGCCUACUGAGCUCCGAGUACUACAUCCACUGCCACGAGUGCUUGAAGCUUUGCUACAAUCUACUACCGUGUAGCAAAUGUACAGAAGUAUUCUACUGCGACGAUGCUUGUAGAACCGAAGCGUUGGAGUACCACCAAUACGAAUGCAGCAUAUUAAAAACACUGAGGAGUCUAGGACUCACCAAAAUGCAAUUACUACCCUUCAAAAUAGCUCUGGGAGUUAAAGAAAUACCCAGCGCUCGUCGUACCGGUCUCUACAAAUCCGACAGGUACGCGGAAAUCCACGAUUUGGUAGCCAACACGGAGCGCAGGACCGUAGCGGAUUUAUUCGAACGCGCCGCCACCGCCGCCGCGAUCCACCACCUGCUUCACAAGCACACCAGCUUCUUCGAAGCCUCGGGUUUGGAAGACCUCUUCGACGAGGUCCUCAUGCUGCACCUGCAGACGGCGCCGUGCAACUUCCACGAGAUCUCCGAAUCGGCGCCGAGCGACGGCGGCGACGGCGUCCAUCGGACGGCGGAGAUCGGCGCCGGCGCCUACGCGUUUCUCAGCCUCUUCAAUCACGGCUGCGAUCCGAACGUGGCCAGGCACUGUCACGGACGCGCCAUCGUCGUCAGGGCCAUCAGGAGGAUCGCCGAAGGGGAGGAAUGUCGCGAUAAUUACGGGUACCAUUUCGCGAUAACGUCCAAACCGGAGAGGCUCGAGAGCCUGAAGAAGCAGUACUUCUUCGAUUGCUCGUGCAGCGCCUGCUCCGACGACUGGCCGCUGUUCGAAGCGCUGCCGCGGGAUGGCGCUGCGUCGGGCCUCGCCGACGAGGAUUUGGCGAAGCUGAGCGCGGGCGCCAGGCGAUCGGCCGCCGCCCUGGCGUCGAAACUGCCGCCGCUGAUGGGCGGCGUCGAGGCGGAGGCGGCGCCGGGAAGGGCGUUCGCGGAGAUGCAGGAGGCGCUGAAACAGUGCUACGCGCUGUUGGGCAACCGUCGAUUAAAAUAGCACGUGUGAUAGUUUUCCGUAUUCUAUUUAUUUGAAAUCGAUAUGUACCAAUUUUGUGUUUUUAUAUAAUAAACGCUCGUAACAGGCUUUUUCAUUUGGUUUCGUUUUUUUUUAAUCUUUGUACACACUGAGUCCUGAACGUGUAAUGUUCCUACAAAUUAAAAGGAAAUCGCGUGUUUAAUUAACAAUUCGGCCGGUUAUUUUUUUUUUAGGCGGGUUAUAAAAUAUCCUCGAAUAUACGUGAUUUAUAGUCAUCGUAACGUUUACUUAAAAAUCAUAAAUAUAAUCAACAAUAAUAGGACACAGUAUCUCCCAACAAUACGUAAAAUUUGAAUGCUAAACGACGUUCAAUUUAACACGACAAUGACGUCACAACAAAUAUUUCUUUUAGAUAAAAUUUUAAGAGUAUACCCCAUCGAAUGUAGCUUGGCACUUGAAAAUGUACUAAGGGAGAAGUUUAAGCGUCAAUAACCUUCUUUUGUACAUGUUAAAUUGAUAAAUAAUCAAGAAAUUAACGAAAAAAAAUAUUUAAAUACCUCUGAAAAUACACCACUGGAAAUCUUCACGAUCUUAUUAAUUUUUCCUCAAAAAUUCCAACCGCCAAGCUACAUUCGAUGAGGUAUAAAAAAUACAACAAUUUACCCGGAUCAAGUAACUCGUGACGUCAUCACGGCAUUAUCCCGAACUUACUAUAUGUAUAUCGAAAUCUAUAAUUGCGCCGAUAUUAUACAGAAAGGAAAAAAAAAAUUAUCGAAAGCUCGAUCGAUCGUUUGGGCGAUCACUCACAUAUAAAAGCUCGUCCUACUCGGUUAUCAUGGAAUCUAUUGAAGCUCGACGGCGCAAGCGCGCGAUCGGCGCCUUCGAUUGAUCGAUUUAAAGCGAUCGAUGUAAUAAAUCGAUUGCCUCUAAAAAACAACGUACGAAAAAAGUACUUAAAUUAGGUAUAACUUAGCGUUUGUAAUCUUAAUCAAACGUUAUAACGUAUUAGAUACGAGGGUAGCGUAAACUGUUCUCGGCCUGAUACACUGGGGGCGCUCCAACCAGCACAUUCUAGAACUGUCUGGAACCAUUUGGAACGCUCCAGAAACAUUUAGAAUCAUCUAGAACCAUUUAGAACCGUUUAAAACCAUUUAGAACGAUUCAUAGUCAUUCAGAACGCUCCAGAAUCAUAUAAAACAGUCUAGAAUCAUUUAGAACACUUCAAAACCAUUUAGAACGGUUCUGAAUCAUUUAGAACUGCCUAGAAACAUUUACAACGCUCCAGAACCCAAUAGAACUGCUUAGAACGCUCCAUAAUCAUUCAGAACUGUCUUGAACUAAAGAUUUCGAUUUAACAAGAAGAAUAAUAUAAUUUUUCAACUAAAAAUUGUCAGGCCGAGAACUUUUUACCUUACCCUCGUACUUUUUGAGCAAUAACAUAUACAUUAGUAAGAAGGCUUAAUUAAAUGAUUGUACUCAAAGUGAUUGUAACUCUUUUUUACAUACAAAUUAAUUCGUUCGAAUCAACAUCGAUUUUCUAAAAAGUAUAAAAUUUGAUUUAUUCAGUUUUUGUUAAAUUGAUUUUGAUUAUUGAAUUUGUUGCAUCUUAUUUGAACAAUCGCGGAAAAUUAACGGAUAAAUUUACACGACCGUAAAAAUAUAACUUUAAAUAGUACAUAAUUUUAGAAAAUUGAUAUUUCCACAAUAUACAAAUUGGUACAUACACAAUCUAAUGCUUCAAAAUAUCAUUGUUUAUUCAUACGCGAUAGCCCUGUAUAUUAUAUUCGUUAGAGGAAAAUAGUUUUUCUCACUACAAACCAAAGAAAAUCUCAAAUUGUAGGAUGAUUAUUCUCGUUUUGUCUCUUAAGUGAAAUAAGGAAAGUCACCAAUGAAGUUAUAGAUAGUUAAAGGAAGCCCUUUUGGUAAAGAUAAAUCAUCGAAAGAAAGUUAAAGAAACUAAAUUGUCCGAGAUUCUAAGCUGAAAUUAGAUUAUUUUUCGUUUCGGCUUAAGACACAUAUUUCUACACACGAAUGUAUGUUUUACAUGCUAAUAAGGCUAUUUUAUUUAUUUUGUUUUAAACAACAUACUAUCGAUCUGUCUUCGGGAAGACAUUUUGUUAGUUAUUUACACAACCAAUUUUAAUAUACUGCGUGUCGCUGAAAACUUUCACUCUAUUCGGUAUGUUUUUUAUUUUUAGGAAAUCAAACCGAUUUUAAUAUAAAACGUAUUUAAAUUGGACGAAGACCCUGUUUAGACUCUCUUUUAAUAUUUCUAUUUUGAAACUUUAGAUUAGAUAAAUUUUAUUUAAAAAAUAAUAUUGAUUGUUAUACUUAUAUUAGUACAUUUACCUCAAGCGAAUUGUUUUUUUUGUCAACUAUGUUAUUAUUACGUUUGUCGUGUUUUCUAUAAUUUGUUUCCAUUUUCUUUUCUACUAGUUUGAAGCUACACAACGAAAAAGAAUUCAUAAUCAAUUCCAUUUGACUAAUCAGAUUUGACGAAUGUUAGGUUUUUUUUUUGAAAUUCACCAGGAGACGUUGUUAAUUAUUUUUGGAAGUUUAUAAAAAUAUCAGCCAAUCAAGAAAUGCACAAUUUUUUGAGAUCUUGCACCGGUGGAAGUUUCUUCUACCGGUCUCUUACACUUCUAGUGAACAGUUAGUGCCUCUUUGAGAUCAUUUGUCGCAUAUUUGAUUUCGGCUCGUUUAGGCUCGAUAAACUAAUUAUUAGAGCAUAUAGUAAAACAAAAAUGUCAACAGCAUUUACCAAAAACGUGUAUAUAACAACUAUUAAAAAAUAUAUGUAGAUAAAUCUCUUAUUGUCGCUACAAUGUGCAAGUUUCAAGCAAUUUCAAUUGUAAUACCAGCGCGAAACACAAACCGACCUAUAAUAUAGGAAAUAAUCCAUCUGGCAACACUGUUUUGUACUCCAUUCGCAAUCAGGAGAUAGUAAAAAAAACGAUUUUUGUAUGUAAAAAACAGAAUUUCCAAAAGUCUUUUUAUUGUGCAGUAGUAAUAUUUAUUUUGCCUUAGUAGUACCACUCUGUAUACAGGGUGUUUAACAAUACACCAACCUUUUUCCUUCUGGGAUAUUAAAAAGGUACUAAAGUGUCUAGUUUUUGUUCAAUUGUUGGAAUUAUUUGAAAUGAACUACUUCAGGAUGUGAAUAUUAUACUAGAUAUAUGUUAUAAACCUCUUAGUUUAAUUUAGAAAAUUAAGAGGUUUAGGACAUAUAUUGAUACAAACUUUUCUUCUUAAAACCAUCCAAAUAUCCACAUCCUCAUUAAUUAACACCCUGUAUGUAGAUACAAUUAAGAUGGUUAUUAAGGAGAUGCUAUAGUUAAGUCGAUUUGUGUUAAACGCACUGUAUAUAUAAACUGCUCCACAAAAGUUAAUGAAGUUCGCAAAUUUAGCGAUUAUUUUAAAAGUUACAGACUUUUCGAUCACCAAAUUUUCAAAGAUGCGAAAUUAAAUUCUUUCUCUCAUAUCCGAGUGGAUUUUUUGCACCUACAUCUACAACUCAUACUAACUUUGGCGAUCAAAAAACCUGAAACUUUUAAAUCAAUCUCAAUUAUUGCGAACUUCCUUAACUUAUGUGGAGCAGUAUAUAUACCCAACACCCGUCAAAUCCGCGCAUAAUAUUUUCGAAUACAACAAAAAACCAUAUACCUAUUACUAAUACACUGCUAACUCCCUAUCUAUUCCAUGAGAGAAAAUCGUAGCGAUUAAAGAGAGAGAUCCGACCAUCUAUGGUGUGCUUAGUCGUUUAUACGCAAGCGCGUUAAUUUUAAAAGGACCAAUAGCGAGUAGCUGAGGCCUAAAAAGAAAAGAAGGAAAAUAAUACUUGAAAUCGUGGUUAAAUUCGGUAACCUGAUAUAUUUACACGGGCAAUUCAAAGUCGAUUUUAAAAAUAUAUCAAAAAAUAUACCAAAAUAAAAGCUUUCUGACGUUUCAUUUGCUGUGUCAAAAGUAGCCAAUCAAGAAAUCUUUCACUUGAGCAUGCGCAUAAAUAAGCAGGCACACCACAGUAUAAUGUUUGCUACGGGUUUUAGACCAUCAUAAGCGGUAUAGUAGUAAUAGGUAUAUGCAAAAAAACAUAUCCAACCGAAAACCAAUCGGAACUAUCGCUCGAGCUGCGCCGCGCUGAGUACGAUACCGCUGUGCGUCUGUUUCUCACUAACAACAUCCCUCAUUUUGUCCCCCUCACAAUCAACCCCGCGUCCGAAGGCCACGCACAACGACGUCUCCGUAUCGCCGGCGUCGCCGCCGCCGCCGCGCCGCCAGUGCUCCGGCUCCCUCGAUCGCGCGAACUUCGACGCCGCCGCGCCCGCCGUCGCCUCAUCGGCGCCGUCCGAACUCGAGGCGCUGCGCGCGUCGAACUCCCCGUCCAACGUUUGCAGCUCGAUGACCGAAUCGUCCUCGCCGAAAUGUAUCUCCGGUAUGGAGACCGAGGUGUCGCGGCGCGGCAACAGCUCCGCGCACUCGGCGCUGGUGCUCGGCCCGGGCGCCGCGCCCGGCGCGAUCGACACCUUCUUCUUGCCGCGCUUCGACGGAUCCACGUGGACGAAUUCCACGUCCGGCGGCGGUUUACUCGACACCGAUCGAUUGGCGGCGGCGCCGGAGGCGGUUUUCGACCGCGCCGUUUUGCGGUUGCGGAAGCACGUCGACGGCACGGCGCAGAGCAGGACGCGCACGAGGCAACAGAGCAGGCCGCAGGCGAUGAGCGUCGGGCCGAUGAGCCGCAGUUCGAGCGUCUUGAAGCCCUUGUCGCCGGUGCCGACGAAGAAUAUGACGCUGCCGAUGGCCGUCGUGCCGAGGCCGACGUAGAGGAGGGCGUUGGCGGCGGCGCUCUGGUGGUAGACGCUGAAGAAGUCCUCGUCGUCGGAGCCGACGCCGAAACUCGAAUCGUGUAUC